CAUGCACGUCCCUGGGCACUAAGUUAAAUCAAAAUGUCAUUAUUGUGGCGACAAAGGAUAAAUGUCAUCCCUUUCGCUGACACCACCUGUCGCAGUGUUCCUCCUGCAGUCACACCAAACCUGCUGCGAUACUGCCAAAUAUUGUCUGACGACUUUUGUUUUGAAAAGUCAAACAGGAAGCGUCGUGUUGUUUCAUCACCGACACCUCAGCUGUCUUCUUCAGAGAGGAGUGGGAGAGUAUCCCAGCAGUCAGCUUCGGAGCGACUGUAGCAGCCGUGGCGGCCGCCUCUCUCCCUCCCACGUCCCGGUCUCAAUAACCGACUGAGCACUGCUGAUGCACCCCGCCGCCACCCGUCCCCGCUGCCUCAGACCCCCGCAGAGUGCUCCAAGUGUCGCCGGGGCUUCCCUGUCAACAUUUCCUCGCAUCUAAGAACACAUCGCACACUCUGGACUUCUUCAUAAGCCGCCGAGCGGUACAGAAACCCUCCGUUUCUGAAUGACGGGCGGUCGGUUCGACUUUGACGAUGGUGGCACGUACUGCGGAGGCUGGGAGGACGGCAAAGCCCACGGCCAUGGGGUGUGUACCGGCCCCAAGGGCCAGGGCGAGUACUCGGGCUCUUGGUCCAACGGGUUUGAAGUGGUCGGUGUCUACACCUGGCCCAGCGGAAACGUGUACCAGGGCUACUGGGCACAAGGGAAACGCCACGGACUCGGCGUAGAAACGAAGGGGAGGUGGAUUUACCGGGGAGAGUGGGCUCACGGGUUCAAGGGCCGUUACGGAGUCCGGCAGAGCCUGAACACACCGGCCAGGUACGAGGGCACCUGGAGUAACGGACUGCAGGACGGGUAUGGCGUGGAGACGUACGGUGAUGGAGGUACAUACCAGGGUCAGUGGACUGGUGGGAUGCGCCAUGGCUACGGCGUACGUCAAAGUGUUCCAUAUGGUAUGGCCUCUGUCAUCCGUUCACCUCUACGAACCUCAAUGGCUUCCCUCCGCAGUGAGCAGAGUAAUGGUACAGUAUUGCGUGACAGCCUGUCUGACAGCCCUGCUGGCACACGUGGUGGCUUCGUACUCAAUUUCCAUUCAGACGGAGAAGGUUCGGAGAAAAAGAAGGGUCUUUUUCGCCGUGGCUCUCUCUUCGGUAGCCUUCAACGACUGCGCAAAUCGGAUUCACGGUCCUCCAUUUCCAGUAAACGCAGCUCAGCACACAGUGACACCACCAUGAGCCGCAUCAGUUCAAGCGAUGCCAACUCCACAAUCAGCUUUGGAGAUGGAGACCCAGGCGAUGACUACCUGCCUCUGGAGGACAAUGUGGAUGCCACCACCACCGAGUCCUACAUGGGCGAGUGGAAGAAUGACAAGCGCAGUGGUUUUGGUGUCUCUGAGCGCUCCAAUGGCAUGAAAUACGAAGGUGAGUGGUUGAAUAACAAGCGCCAUGGCUAUGGCUGCACUAUCUUUCCUGAUGGUACCAAGGAAGAGGGGAAGUACAAGAACAACACGCUGGCCCGGAGCAUCAGGAAGCAGCUGAUUCCUCUGAAGAACACCAAGACCAAACAGAAGGUGGAUCGAGCCAUUGAGGGAGCAGUGAGAGCAGCAGCCAUCGCCAGAACCAAAGUGGAGAUUGCCAUCUCCAGGACGUCCCAUGCCCGGGCCAAAGCAGAGGCGGCAGACCAGGCUGCGCACUCAGCAAGUCAGGAUUCAGAUAUUGCCAGAGCUGUGGCCAGAGAGCUCUCCCCAGCUUUCCAUCAGCCAGGCCCUGACUACAUACGGCAGAAGUAUAAUGAGCCCGUGGAGGUGAAAGAGGUUCCUGUGGAGGAGAAAAAGGAGAAAUCACCAUCAGGAAGCCCACAUUUCUACCGCAAAGGCACAACACCCACCCAGUCUCCAUCACAGAGCCCAGGUCCUAGCCCCACUCCCUCACCCGCUGCCGUUAAAAAGAGCUUUUUCACCAGUAAAACUCCUGCCACUGUCGCUCCAGUUUUGAAAGACAACAAAACCCCAACAGCUGAGUCUUUGACAGCAGGUAUAACAAAGGCAGCAUCAAAACUGGAAUUGAGGAAACAGGAGCCUCCUCCAUCAGUGAAAAAAGAAGUUACCGCCUCAGGUAGCAGUUACCCCAGCAAUGGGCAGAUUCACUCCCAGUACCACGGUUACUACGUCAAGGCAGAUGUCAAGAUUACGCCGCCUGAGGAGCCAAUCGGUGUGGACGAUGACUUUCACCCAUCAAGCCUUGCACGUUUGCCGCCACCUGCCAAACAGAUUCAGGCACCAGCAUCAAAAGCCCUGCCAGCCCCGAGCUCUUCACCAGUUCCACCAAAAGAGGAUGCCAAAGCACCAGAGCCUUCCAAGCCAAAAAGACAGGAAUCAACUAAACCAAAGAAUCUUGCAGAAACCAAGAAAGCUAGUGUGGAAAUAGCCCCUGAAAUUGCAGAAGAGGAGUCGGGCCCGAACUCCAUCUUGGUGGCUUUAGUGAUGCUCUUGAAUGUAGGUCUAGCAAUCAUUUUUGUGCAUUUCCUCACCUGACCAAAUCUGAACUCAGUGGACUCAUCCAAGCUAGUGGCCCGAGUGGCUAACUCUCCAUCAGCCAAAGGGGCCUUUUUCAAAAAUGGUGCCAGUCAGAACGGCAGACACAGGCAAAACGGAGGACUGAAAAUAGACACAUGAAGGAGGAGAAAGAGGAGGAGGAGAAGAAGUGGCGAGAAAAAACACGGAGGGAAGAGAGGGGAAAAGAGCAGAGGGAGAGAAAGAUGAAACCUCCACCAUAACCCCCCCCACCCCCACACCCCCGACCCGUGGUGUCCGAGUCCAACCUGAUUGGACUGACGAUGAUUUGUGACUUCACUCAAGAGUGCAGUGACAGCUGAAGCAAGCAGUCGCUGGUUGGAAAGGGUCCCCCGAGCCCCUCUAUCAGGGAUAGAAAUAACAGGGGGCCUGGAGAGUAGAGUGAAUGUGAGUGAGUGUAAGACCCGGCAUCUAUACUGUCUAUAAAUGCCUGUAAUGUGUGUGCUUGUCUGUCUGUAGCGCCAUUUCCAUCCAACUGUCGAGCAAAUUUGGAAGUUUUGAAAUGCUGCAAUAAAAAGCCUGUCCGUCGUCCAGCUGAGUUGAAGAGAAUUUGUUACAUGUGUGAUCCACCAGAAGAACAGAGAGUGCCUUCACAGUGUUGAUUAGUAUCAGAGAAGUCAUUACUGCACCUCAGUUCCACCAGCGUUGUCCAUGUGCUGUCAUGAACUUUCACUGCCACGUCUGCCAGUUGUGGCAAUCAUGACAAAGCAGUUAUGAAAAAUCCUUUUGAACUGCGGUGCACUUUAAUGUUCAUCAGUCAGAAACACCAAGCCUUUAUUAUUUAAUCAGUCAGUGAAUUUCCUGUUGUCCUGCUGCACACAGUAUUGUUCAAGAAACAAGUGCAUGAUGACAUUUUGCGUCUGAGAACCUUUAGUUGAAUUUUGCUUCUAUUCAACUUUUCUCCACCCCGACCCCUUUUUGGAUGGAAACGAAGUUUGUGCAUAUCUCGGAGUAGUUUUUGUCUGCUUCUUGUCUUCAUGUGUGUGCGUGUGUGUGGUUGUGUGUGGGUGGGCGGGCAGCAGUGGACUGGAUAUGUUCGGAGAUGCACUUUGAGCUGAUGGAAGCCAACAGCUGCCUUACCGUUUUACAGAGUGACGUGGUGGUGGGAGAGAAGGGCCCAGGCAGGAAUGUGAAGCGUUCGGCUGAUUCUCCCUCUGCCAUGUCCUGGAAGAGUGGCUCUAUUUAUAUCAGUCUGUUUAUCGACCUGUUCAUAUCUUUUUUAGUGGGUCUCGGUGCCUGCCAUUUUAUAUACACGUCAGGUGGUCAUGAGGCAAUCAGUGGGGUUCUAUUAUGAAAUGAAAUGAUAAAGUUACAUUUGAAAAACUCAACCUGAUUUUAAAAGGUCCAUUGGAUUCUCACAGUGUUUUCCUGUAGUACACUUCCUUGAUGCAGUUGUUCAGUAAGAGGAGGUGUCAUUCUGAAACUAAAAUCCUAUGUUGAUGUGAUCGCUGCUAGUGUAUCCCAUCACUGAUGCUUUCAGUUUAAAUAGACAGUUUUUUCAUUUUACAAAUGAAGGUAGAUUUAGAUACACUCUCUGAUUUUGUAGGGCAAAGAGUGCAAUUUAUACAGUCUGACUGUAAUUGGCUGAAACCCCUGAUGUUGUACUAUUAUAAUGUUGAUGUCACUGGCAAUCUCCUUUUAGCAGGUGCAAUUUAUUCCACUGGCAGAUUCACAACCUGUCAGCAGCUAGCUGUCUCUCAGGCUUGUACCUUGUACCCACCAUGAGCUAGCAGAUGUGGCUGUAACUAAAGCCUGUUAUAGCAAGCUAGUCUGAAGAUUUGCUGUGGUUGCUGUCAUGGGAAAAUCCUCUCAAAACUCUUUCUGCAAAGCGAAAAGUGAGACAACGAAUAGUAGGAUAAAAUAAUAGAGGUUAGAAGAAGGUUUUUGAUUGUGAUAGUUUCAUGAUGAAACUACAAUGACACUCAGUAGAGUGCAUACCUCCACCAAGGUCAAACAGUUCCCUUUAAUUCAGUCAAGCCUAAUCCAAUAUCAGAUCAAACAUAUACACACUCAGUAAUACCAGCCACUUAAAUGUGUUGAAGAAAGCAAGGACACUCCUCUGUCAAGAUACAUAAUAAGAGAAGUCAGGGAUGGAACAGGUCUGUUUCAUUCUUCCUGAUCACAUCAGGAAAUAGAAUUCCAGAUAUAAUACAGUGGAGACUGAGACAUCAGUCAACCAGAAUCAUAGGAUCAUAGUUGCAGGGUUUCAAUUUUGCAGGAGCAAAGCACGAGGUGACGGACUGCAGUGACGUGGAUAACAAGCUGAAAGAAGUCAAGUUUCAAAAUAUGUGUUCAGUUAGACGUGGUGUUAAGUCUUAAGACACUACGAUAUGAGGUCUCAGUCUCCUUUUGCAAACCAAAGCCGACAUUUUUCUUCUUCAUUUUUCUUUGUUAUAUGCAUCAUAAGGUAUAACUAUGUAACUGCACUGACAAUCACAGUCCAAGAAAAUCUGAAUUACUUGUUUUUCUCUCUCUCGCCUGCGUAGAGCUACAUUUGUUGAAGGGCUACAGUUAACUUUAUCAUUUUAUACUACUUAGUUGUUUGACUUCUGGCUUUUUUGGGAAGGCUGGGUUGUUAAAAAUUUGUUUUGUACUAUUUUAGUUUGUAUAUUUUUGUAAAAUGACUCCUGUUGAGGACAUUUUAUCUAUUGAUGUUGAGUUGACAAUGAUUUGUCUGUUAACAUAGAGUUUCAACAGAACACUGGUGAUUGUGCAGUAUUAAUGAAUUGAACAUGGUAAUUGAUAUGUGUCUGCUAUUUGAUGUAUAAUUAUAAACAUUAUAUUAUUAACAAUGGAUUUAUGUUACAACAACAAGUACCAGUUUCAACGUGGUUUGGUCCAGUUUUCACAUUUUCUCUCGUCACGGCAGCGUUCCAUCUCUCUGGUUAGGUUUCGACUCAGAAACCAGUUGGUUAGGUUUAAGAAAACAUGUUCAUGUUAAAAGCACAAACAAGACUGGGGAUGUCAAACAUGUCCACUACAAAUGCAGACUCGAACUGCAGUAACACCACCACCCUCCCCCUUUUUGCUGAACACUUUUGCUGCUGGUGUGUGAACAGUUGUUUCAAAUUAAAGAAUGUGUUCGAACACACGACGCAUGAUUCUUAAUUAAGUUUACGUAAGAGGAAAAGAAUUGUCUUAAAUUUGUUUCCACCCUUAUUUGCUGGAUUUAGCAUAACUUAUUUUGUUAUGAUUGUGGUGCAUAGUGUAGCAUGCAGAUAUUGGCGUGUUUUGUUUCGUUCACUUGAUAUCAGAGGAAAACGAUGUAUGCAGUGUUUAUUCACUCACAUUAGUUGUGAGUAACUGUAGACAGUUUAGAACAGGUUGGGUAAAAGCAAAAGUCUCUGAUGCUUUUUUUUAAUUUUCUUAAAUUUGUUUGAAACUUGGAUUGCUACCUAAAUGAAAAGCUCCAUUCCUUUCUGUUUAUAGCAGGGGUUGUCAGAGUGUAAUGACUGAGGGCCAGUUCAGGGAGCCAGCAACAGCCCUUGAAUUUUACAUAGACUGGUUUCAUAAUGGCAUUUAUCAUGAAACAGAUGAGGCCGGUCAUUGCAUCUGUCCUCUGAGGUCUGAUGAAGUAAGAGUUGAUACAUUUGUGCUGAAACCUCCUGCUCUCCUCAACCGAACAGCAUUUUUUACAUGGCGGCUUUUCUUUUUCUGCAUUCAACUGCAAAGUUGUCCUAUGAAAUACAGCACAGGCGCUGAUGACAGAAUGCAAUUUUACCAACAUUAUCAAGUGCAACUACUUGACUUGCAACCAGUAGUAUUUAACAGUUUCAUUCUGAAACUGACAAACCUUGUUUGGGGCGAAAGUAUUGACAUUAUUCAAAUGUAAUACGUGCAUUUCAGGGGACAAACAAGCUGCAGGCUGCACUUUGGUGACCCCUGGUUUAUUGGAUCCUGUUGAAACUCCAUCAGAAACACCACUCACAUGUGCCUCCAUUCUGUCUCUGGGAAUUUAAUGCAAAGGGGAACAGCCUCUUCAUUCUUGGAUAGAAACACAGAUGACUGAUACUACAUUACAUACUGUAGAACAGCAGGGUUAGAACAGUUUCCAGCCAGCAGCUGUUUCUCAAUUCCAUCAUGGUAUAGAAACAAUAUGAUUUGGCAGCUCACCCAGACUUGUUAGAAUAGUUCAAACAGCUCAAAGUAUAGGAGUUUGGAAGUUAAAACGAAUCUUAAAGGAUUCGGUGCACCUGUAUGAUAUUAAGUGUCUGGAAGUGGUAAAAGCCUCUCGACCUGUCCGAAUGAUUUCUUUAGAUUAAGCAGCUCUGUAAGAGUGACUUCACACUAAACACAUAGUGGAAAAUCCACAUGUCACUCAUAGAAAUAAAUCAAGUUUGAAACUGAAAAGGAAAUGUGUCCAAGCUGAAUGAGGGCAUUAAAAUGCUCUUUGAAUAGUCCAGACGAAAGUGUGUCUAGCUUCUGCAUCUGAUGUAUUUCUGAGUGAAACAGGUUGGGCAGCCGGGACAAAACAGUCGGUUGCUUAUGUAACUUAAGUUACAAACGUACUUAUGUGACAUAUGUAAAUGCAGUCAUGUUGUAAAUGUGACAUCACAUUAGUAAGCUGAAAGAGCUCACCCAUGACUUUUUGUUUCACAGUGGACAUGAACAGCAGCCUCCUGGGUGAAAGUCCUGUCCUUGUUUGACCCGACUGUCCUUCCCCAACCUCCUAAUGUCGCUCUUUAUACUACUUUACCUGAUUUCCUCCUUUGCUGCAGUAAAUACAGCCACUAGCGGUUGCUGUGUAACAAGAAAUGUAAAUAUGGUUCAUAAUGAGCUGUUUUACUGACGAGGACGGGCUGGACGUACCGUGCUGUUGUUGUCAAAUGAAUCUGAGCUCUGUGUGGCUGAGAGCUGAAGUGUGAUUGACACUGGAAGUCAUGGUAUUAUUGGUUGAAAUGGGUUGGUUCAAGCCUCUGUGAGCACACAUAUUUGUUUGACGGGAAGAAAAAAGAUAAUGUUUUGAUAAAUGAAUACAAAGAAAGAUAUUUGUAUAUUGUUAAGUAGAUCCACAACAUGACUGUGAAUGUAAUCAAAUAGUCAUUUUACACUAGAGUGAAACCUCUGCCUAGACAGUGAACACAUGUGCUCUUAUGACACCUUAGUAAAGCAUAGACUAUUUUGAUGUAACUGAAAAAACGUGUUUUGGAGUUUUUUGCAAAUCUGGAUUUAAAGUUAAACAUGUUCUUGUAAAGUUUGGUAAACACAUGAAAGAUUUUAUUUUCCCACCUUGAAUAAUUCUCAGCUGGCUCUUUGCAGGAACUUAUCACCAGAAAGUGACAUUUCAAAGAAUGUGUGAAAUUAAAAGCCAUUUUGUGGGAAAUAGCCUCUGAUAACACUAAUAACAUGUUUAAUUAACGGGUAAACAUUUACAUUAUAAACAUUAAUUUAGCUGCAAAAACAGUUAGCUGUGUAAAGAUAUAGUGGAGUGAUGGUGUGACAUCACACUGCCUCUUUGGGGUUGUGUGUGUGUGUGUGUGUGUGUGUGCGUGCGUGUGUGUGUGUGUGUGUGUGUGCGUGCGUGCGUGCGUGCGUGUGUGUCGUGAUCUUUGAGCUUCACUGUUCUUUGUUUUGGUACCUAGUCCAUCCACGUGCUCAUGUUAGUACAUGUGAGUCCUUCCCUGUCAUCCCUCCGUCCAUGUCAACAUGGCAGCAUGGCGUUACACUAAAAAAAAAUUAUUUUUUCUUGUUUUUCUUUUGAUGAAUAUAAAAACAUUUGAGGUGACAGAUAGGCUUUGCAUUUACAGAGUAUUGAUCUUUAUUUGAUCAGCAUGGCCUACUUUUGACAGUUUGAUUCGAGUUUCCUGAGCAGUGUGUAUUAAGGUGCUGCUUUUGUUUUCUUCCAACUUUUAAAAGACUUGAGCAUUUGUUUGGGUCUGAGGUGCUGGUGCUCUGAUAUAGUGUGAUAUAUAGUGGCAAUGAAUGUUGCAUAGAACCUUUUAAGAAAAUGUGUUUUAAAAGCCAAAGCUUUGUUUUGUUUUUCUUGCUGAUUUAUUUCCUUGGGAGGGGUGUGCAUGAAGUUUUGAGAUGAGAUGCAGACUUGAUGAACAGGCAAAUGUUGAUUAUGUAUCAGAAUGUUUUUUUCACUACAGUUUGUUGUUGAGUAGAAGAAACAGUAAUGCCAUAGUGUUUAACAUCUGACUGUAGUCAGUGCAGUUUUGUUGCUAUUAAGGAAAAUGUUGUAUGUCCAAUAGGGGAAGUUGGUACUUCUUAUGGUUGAAAUGACAGCUUUAAAUGCACUGUCACGACUGUAUGAGAGGCCAGAUAUGAAUGGUGCUGUAAUAAUAGGUGAAAUGAGGAAACGCUAUGGUUUUAAAGCACGUAGUUUACAUGCAGAGGAACAAAAACCUGAUCUGAAAACUGCAUAAGACCCACUCUCCAGCAAGUGUAUACAUAUAUAGUAGGGAAAGAUGAUUAAUGUUUGUCUUUGUAUAUAUGCAUGUGUAUAUAUAUGUAUGUAUAUAUGUAUACAUAUAUACGUAUGUAUGUAUGUAUGUAUGUAUGUAUGUAUUAAGAUGUGGUAAUUAAUUUCACUGCACCAUCUUCUGGUGUGACCAGGACUUUAUUCUGCAUCCUGGCCAGCCCUUAAACAAAAAAUGUAGUACUGCUAUACACUGUGUGGACGAUUAAAAAUAUCAGCCAAGGAGCCUCUGACUAAGAAGGAAGUCUCUUUUCAUUCACUGCAUCAAUGCUCACGGAGAAACAGGGGAUAACAUCACUGCCGGUUACAGCAUUAAGUCUGUGGAAAAAGUCUGAUUCCUGAUCUCUUCUGUAGAUGCUCGUAGAUGCAAAAAAUUAAACAUUUCUUUAUAUUUGACACCGCAAAUGAUAUCUAUCAACAUGCUAGAAAUCUUGCUCACUAAUAAAAUGAUUGUCAUCCCUACUUUCCUCCCGUGUAAAAUCCUGUCCCAUUGUAUGAACUGAUAUGCAGUGUUGAGGUAUCUGAUUGGCCUUUAAUUCACUUGCCGUUUUUCUUCUUGUUAUUGUGGCAACACGCCCACACCAGAGCUCUUUUAGUGCAGAGGUAUUUUCAUCCUGAAGACUCACUUAUUAGUGAGAGUUACUUGCGCCGACUCAACGGCGUAGCUGGUCAUAAGCAGCUUUCUCUGAGGAAGGUCUGUGGUGGGUGUGUGCAUGUGUUCUCCAUAAAGAAGACCUUUGCUGGAGUGUGGGUGUGAAGCAGAGAAUAUACUAGCAGGGUUUACUCAGUUCUGAUGUGUGAGAGGAAACAAGGCUGUCGAUACAGAAAGAGACCAUGUGAGAAUGAAAGAGAAAGAAAGGACCGGAACAUCACUGAUCUGAUGUUUCUUGAAAAUGAAAUGACGUUGUUGAGAAGAGUAGGGCAGGGAUGAUGUAGGAGUCUUUGACUUACCAGGAAUGCUUUCAUCAGCUAAUUUAUAAUAUCAUUAAUGUGUCAUCCAUUUUAUGAGACCAGUUAGCCUGUAGGUGUAAGCUCGUCUGUGGUGUGUGUAUGAAAUGAGCUUCAACAUUUUCUUGCUGAAAUGCUAUUUGUAAAGUUUCUGCUAAUUCUAACAUACCAUCAAUGUUUUGCCCCAUCAGGACAAGCCGUUAUGAGUGAUAUCUGAAAUAAGAAUGACAGUAUGUUUUCUCUAUGUAUAGGAUUUCUACAUCACUGUAUAUUGUGUAGGCUUUUAAAGGCAUUUUGAGAGCCUAUUUUCUAAAAAUUCAUGAUUGUAUUUUGAUGUUUGGCUCAGCUGCAAAUGCGAAUAUCAUCUUGAUCUCUGCUGGUGAUACAAUACACAUAUUGUUAAGUUAUUUUACAUAACGAUAUUGGGAGUUUUGUUUUGGCAGUUGUUUCUAUGGAGAUAAAUUAAAAAGUGGGUUUACAUUUUACAUGA